CGACAAACCCACGCAACCGCGGGUCAUCGCGGACACCUUUGGGAGAAAAUAGAGAAUUCAAGAGAGGGUGACCUGGGUGACGUAACACUAAUAUGCCGAAUCCCGUCCAAGACUCCAGAACCGUGCCAAGCAUAAGUAAGCUCGACAUGUCUAGCAGCGGGAUGGAACAACCAUCCCGUAUCGGUAUAACGACGAUACGCCGACAAAAAAAGAAACAGAGACAAAAAUGUCAAAACCAGUCCUCGUCGUCAUCGGUACCGGUUGGGGAGGCUUCAACCUCACCCAGAAGGUCUCGCUGGCCAAGUACGACGUCAAAGUCAUCUCUCCCAUCCGCACGAUCCAGUACACGCCGCUGCUCGCCAGUGCAGCCUGCGGCCUCUUCGACUUCCGCCUGGCCGAGGAGCCCGUCCGACGGAAGCACAGGGCCAAGCAGGCAUACUACAACGCCAUCGCCGAGGACAUCGACUUUGAGCGGCGCGUCGUCCGGUGCAAGACCGACGCGCCGACGACGACGCCGGCCUCCUUCGAGAUCCGGUACGACAAGAUCUGCAUCGCGCCGGGCUGUGCGACACAGGACUUUGGCACGCCCGGCGCCGCGGAGCACGCCGUCUUCCUCCGGACGACGGAUGACGCCCGCGCCAUCCAGCGGCGCAUCCUGCAGAUGCUAGAUGCGGCCUCGCUUCCGACCAUGGCGGAUAGAGCGCAGGACCGGCGUGAUAGCCUCAACGUCCGCAUCGUCGGCGGCGGCGCCGUCGGCAUCGAGGCCGCCGCCGAGCUGUGGGAUCUGUGGUCCGAGGAGCUGCGCUUCCUUUUCCCCCACCUAGACAGCGAGCUGACCAUCACCAUCCACGACGUGGCGCCGACGAUCCUCUCGACGUUCGACGCCCGGCUGAGCGAGUACGCGACGCGCUCGCUCGAGGGCAAGCAGGUCAGGAUUAUGACGAGUUCGCACAUCGAGCGUGUCGAGGCAGACGCCAUCUAUACCAAGGAGGACGGCCGCCUGCCGUAUGGCCUGCUCAUCUGGGCGACGGGGAACAAGGCGAGCCCUCUGGUGGACCGGCUAGCGGUGAAGAAGCCCGAGCAUGGGUUGCCGCGUAUCCUGACUGACAAGUACCUUCGCGUGCUGCGGCCCGACGGGAGCCCGAUGGAAGGCGCCUACGCGCUGGGGGAUGCCGCCGAUAUCGAGGGGGAGUCGUUGCCGACCCUGGCUGAGGUGGCCCUGCAGAAGGGCCAGUACCUGACCGACGUGCUCAACUCGGACUACAACAACGUCCGGCCAGCACCGUUCGCCUACAAGCAGCGGGCGCUGCUGGCGUACCUGGGCCGCCACGACGGCGUCAUCGCCGGCCGGCAGGAGUGGACCGGCGCCAGCGCGUGGAUCGCCUGGCGGUCGGGCAGCCUGGGGUGGACGAGGAGCUGGAGGCGGAAGAUCAUGAUCGCCAUCUACUGGGUUUUUGUCUGGAUAGCCGGCAGAGACAUUGCGAGGCCGUAGUUGUCGACACAGGGCCUGUAUUUACAGCAGGGGUGUACGUUCAAGUUGCUCACAAAUCUAGGGAGAGGGGCUAGCGCAUCUUGGUGCUCCGGCUACGUUAUGGAUCCCUGGAUCUGAUGCAUUGGCUUAUUAUCCUAUCACAAUAUGUCCUUAGAAAUGAAAUCAUAAAACUCGAAAAGAAAACCGAGGCUCGGUUCCAGGGCAAAAUCCCUAUAAACACCCCAUUUCC